ACUGAAGUUUGGAGACAUAUGAGACCCGUAACAAAAAUGCAUAUUGUCAACAAUUAGACUAUGAGGAAAUAGCCUACACACCGAUAGAUGAUGGCUGGUUUAUUCUUAUGCCAUUUGACUGAAACUGAUCUACAACACUACACCCUUUUAGUUAAUGGAUAUUUCAAUUAAACCUACUGAUAAGGUUAAUCUUAUGAUAGUGCUUAAAAUGUGUACUAGUCCUAGUAAAAUUGUGUACUAGUCCUAGUGAGUGAACCUUUGAUAUCCUAUACGGAUGUGACAUUCUACAGUCCAACCCUCAUUGGCUAACUUAGAGCCACCUCAUCAUUAGAGUUUGGUGUCAAGUGUUUGUAGCCCAAGGCCUAACGAGUCUCACCUGCUUACGUAAAGACAAGCAGUAAGUAAACUGCCACAGUCCAUAUCCUGCGAGACUCUGCGCACUGACAGAGGUGGGCGGGGAGGAGCAGAACUCUGUCCCCUGAUAUUUUUAUCCAUCCAUCAAAUAUAACUAUAAGGCUCAUCAUCCCACUCUUCCUUCUCUCCUGCCCUCCCUGCGGACAUGGCCACGGUCCUUAUCAAAUGCACUCCCCCUGGAGAACCAACCCUACACCAGAGAUUGAACGUCCCCGCCCAGGCAAACCGGCGACCCAGGGACCCCCGCCCAGGAAAACCGGCGACCCAGGGACCCCCGCCCAGGCAAACCGGCGACCCAGGGACCCCCGCCCAGGCAAACCGGCGAACCAGGGACCCCCGCCCAGGCAAACCGGCGAACCAGGGACCCCCGCCCAGGCAAACCGGCGACCCAGGGACCCCCGCCCAGGCAAACCGGCGAACCAGGGACCCCCGCCCAGGCAAACCGGCGAACCAGGGACCCCCGCCCAGGCAAACCGGCGACCCAGGGACUCCCAUCAUCUGUUAUGAAAAAAUAAUAAUACACUGAACAAAAAUAUAAAUGCAACAUGCAACAAUUUCAAAGUUUACUGAGUAACAGUUCAUACAAGGAAAUCAGUCAAUUUAAAUAAAUGCAUUAGGUCCUAAUCUAUGGAUUUCACAUGACUGGAAAUACAGAUAUGCAUCUGUUGGUCACAAAUACCUUAAAAAAAGAAGGGGCGUGGAUCAGAAAAUCAUUCAGUAUCUGGUAUGACCACCAUUUGCCUCAUGCAGCGCCACACAUCUCCUUCUGAUAGAGUUGAUCAGGCUGUUGAUUGUGGCCUGUGGAAUGUUGUCCCACUCCUCUUCAAUGGCUUUGUGAAGUUGCUGGAUAUUGGCGGGAACUGUAACACGCUGUCAUACACAUCGAUCCGGAGCAUACCAAACGUGCUCAAUUGGUGAUAUGUCUGGUGAGUAUGCAGGCCAUGGAAGAACUGGGACAUUUUCAGCUUCCAUUAUCAUGCUGAAACACAAGGUGAUAGCAGUGAAUGAAUGGCACGACAACGGGCCUCAGGAUCUUGUCACGGUAUCUCUGCAUUCAAAUUGCCAUCGAUAAAAUUAAAUUGUGUUUGUUUUCCUUAGCUUAUGCCAGCCUAUACCGUAACCCUUAAAUGAACAUUUUUGGUAGAUAGUUUCAUUAUUUUGACGUCUCCAGAGUUCACUCUAACGUAGUCUAUUAACUAGAACGGGAAAGUUAUCUUGUCGGCGUAGAGAGCAUUUUGCUGUUGUAAAGCAAAUUUUCACCAAUUCUACAGUUUGGCAUGGAGCUCAGAGAAAAUUUAGCAGUUUUAAAGCAAAUUUCCUGCAAUUCUAUGCAUUUUGCCAUUCGAAAGGCUAUGUUCUUCUGCUCAAACAUUAUAAUAAAAUCAAUGGGUAUGUGGCCUGAAUGCCUGUUUAAUUAAACAAAUAUAUAUUAUCCCUGACUGUCUAGCUUUUAUUUUGAUUGUUUGUUCUCAAAGAUGGUAUUAAUAAAAAAUAUAUAUAGUUCAAUAUCUUUUCUGCAUGCUUCUUAUCUGGUUUUGGUUGUUGAAGUUGACACAAACU